AUGUCGCAAGACGUCUUGAACCCGCUCGUCUGUGAUCUAGUAACGGAAUUGCAAACACUUCAACUCUACAAAGACAAGCUCGAGAAAGAAUUACUAGAGACGAAGAACCAACUUGUUGCUGAGCUUGUCAGCACCAAGGCCCAGAUCUUGGCAGAUUUAAACUGGACUUUGACAGGCGUGAGCAGAUUCCAAGACGACUCCCCGGACCCUCUCGAUAUCCAUAGGGACCCAGCAAAGCUGGGGAUAGACACUACCCAGGGCCAGAAACCGGUGCAUGACGAAGCUCCAGAAGACAGCGACGGAUAUCAAAGCGCCCAAGAAAACUUUUCAUUUCAACCGCCGGCAGGGGUUGAUGGACAGGAUAUCGUCCACAUACAUAACAGAACGGAAAAGGUCAAGGCACGCCGAUCAGGACCUUCCCUAAAACGCAAGACGAUAAGUCUAGGCAAGAAGGGCAAGGUCUUUUCUGCAGUCGUCUAUUACGAUCCUACGUCUUGUGAAAUGGAAGCUGCUAUGUAUCUGCCUGCAGGUCAGGCCUUGCCAGAUCUCAAGGACUUGGUAAAGGCUGUCUCCUAUUCUUUGUCGGAGUUACUAAUGGUAGAUCAGUUUGAGAAAUUAGUUGGCGGCCAUGCCUCUGCAUCAUCGCAACCACGUACUUUACAAACAAAAGACCCGGCAAAGUCGUCCGCACAGCGCAGGAAACACCUGACGCGAGCUGCCACAAAAGUUCUUCAGAGUCAACCGCGACUCCAGGAGUCCUAUGAGCGUGAGCAACAACUGGAUAAUCUGAGCAGCUUAGAAUCCUCGACGUCUACGUCAUCGCAUCCCAACAUUUUGGGAAACGAAACAUCGGUAACUUGCUUGAGUCGACAUGCUCCACCGAUGCUGCAACCGACUGGGGAGGCAAGAAGUACAGAUCCAGCAAAUGUCUCCGGUCCCAUUGGUUCAGAGUUGCAACAAGGCCGCUCAGAAUAUAUGGAGAUUCAACAAACCCAUCUUCCUAUCACUCAAAUCCUGUCGUCGAAAUGGCAAGGUGACACUUGUUUCUUUCUAGUACGGCGCGAGGCAAUCGGACUCGGACAGUGUGAUGUAUACGAGAAUUGGGAAGAGGAAAAGAAUGUCCGUUCGGAGGACGAGGAAUUAGUUGAAGCGUAUUGGGACGAUGUCUGA